AUGGGUGAGCAAGCCCACCACGGAGCCCAAGUGUGCUCUGGCACCAACCCCAGGAAGUGCCAAGACUUGGGAGACUCAAUACUUCUGAUUCUGGGCAGCUUCAUCUUGCUCAACGUGGGGAUCAAUGUGGUGACUCUGCUCUGGAGGCAUCUGAAGAGCUCCUUGAGGAUUCUUUUCCAUCAUUUUUUUCCCAAAGACAAGCAACCCAGCGGUGUAGGCAGCCAUCCCCUGUGUAUGCGCUGCUCCAUGGAUCCCAAGAACCUGUGCUCAAGAGUCUCUCCUCGCUUCCAUCAUCGCCCAAGCCUCCUGCAUGGGCACACUAACCACCUUGACUCUUGGAUACCAGACAUCAAUGAUGAGAAGGUUUCUAGGUGCUGCUGGAUGCCACCUCAAUGUGGACAUGCUGGGACUUCCACGGAGGUUCCCUGGGGACUGUGGAAGGAGGGGAUGGUGGGAGCUGGGGAGGCCCCUCAGGUCACAGCCUCAAAGGCCCAAGCCUCUGCAUUCUCCAGGCCAGAGACAUCUUCCCAAUUCCCGAAGAUGAGCAAGUUGGACAUGGUUCCACUCCGCUUGCCCCAAAAGAACAAGACUAAGGCCGAAUCCCAUGCCCCGGGCCAGGCCCAGACCCACUCCGCAGCCCAUAACCCUGAGCACAUUCCUGCCCACAGCCAGACCCACACCCCUCAGUGCACCCCUUCCCCCACCCAGACCCAAACCCCUGAGAGCACCACUGCCCACACCCCUGCCCACACACAGACCCACUCCUCUGAGCGCACCCCUGCCCACACCCAGACCCACUCCUCUGAGCGCACGCCUGCCCACACCCAGACCCAUUCCUCUGAGUGCACUCAUUCCCAGGCCCAGGCCUUUGUGCACACCUCAACCCAUGCCCCAGCCCCCUCCAAAGCCCAUACCCCAGGCCCUACCCCAGCCCACACCCAAGCCCAGGCCCAGACCCACUCUCAGACCCACAGUCCUGAGCACACCCACUCCCAGGCCCACAGCCCUGAGUAUGCCUCCACCCAUGCCCCAGCCCACUCCCAAGCCCAGGUCCCAACCCCGUCCCCAGCCCAAGCCCCUGCACAUGCCUCAGCCCACUCCCAGGCCCACGCCCCUGAGCACACAUCAUCUCAUGCCCCAGCAUAUACCUCAGCUCAUUCCCAUCUAAUUGAUACUCAUGUGCACACCUUGGUCCCUGACCCAACCUCUGCACCAGCCCCUCCCCCAACCUCUGCACCAGCCUCUCCCCCAACCUCUACCCCAGCUGCUACUCCUGUACUAACCCCUACACCAGCCCCUGUCCCAGUCUCUGCUCCAACCCCUGCCCCAGCACUGGUCAUGGCCCUGACUACUCCAGUCCCUGCUCCUGUCCCCUCCACCACUCCUAUCCCCAUCCUAACUCCUAUUCCCUCUACCAUUCCUGCCUUCAGACAUGGCCUCUCCACUGGCCACGUGGUCUAUGAUGCCCGCAGGGCAAAUCAAAACUUCUUCCAUACGGGCACCUCCCAGAACUCUAGGUAUUACAGAGAAGACUUGGGUACCCUCUCCAGGCCCCAAGAGGGUCAGGGCCUGGUGAGCUCGGAUACAUCUGAGCAAACAUCAAAGCAACACAGUGGAGACAAUGCCCAGCCUCCUGCAGGAUCCAUACUGGGCUACCUGGAGUUGGGGAAUAUAGAAUGGAAGAUCUCAGAAGAUGCCAAAGACAAGUUCUCCCAGCCCAGGACCUUCCCUUACUGCAGAUUCCGUCCUUGCAGUUCUGAGAGGAAGAACACAGACUGCCAAGCUCCAGUCUACCCCAAGUUCCUGCUCUACUCCCAGGAUACUGCACCUUCUAAACCUUGCUUUCAUUCUCCAACCACCACCCAGAGCUCACAGUGUACCCUUUCUCCACCAUGCACUCUUUCCCUGCCACUUGUUCCUCCGAGAUCCUUUGUCCUUCCUCAACCCACCAACCAUCAGAAAGCUUCUACCUUAAUACACACUCCAACCUUCCUCCCAAACUCCAAGUCUCCUCAGUCGGUCUCCCCUUCCCAAUUCUCCAUCCCUCCCCAGUUAUCCACUAUUUCCCAACCCCUGGUCCAACCCAAACCCCCUGGACUUCAUGAGAGCCUAAGUCUUACCCAAGACCCUGGCCUCCAAAGGACCCCAUGUCCUUCAAAAGACUCCAGAGUUCCCAGGAACUCAGGCCUUACCCAAGAUCCAGGCCUCCACAAGAACCCAAGUCUUGCUCAAGAUCCAGGCCUACAUAAGUCUCCAGGGCUUACCCAAGACCCCUAUCUCUGCAAGAAUCCAAGCCCUUCCCAAGACUCUGGGUUUUACAAGAAUCCUGGCAUUACCCAAGAUUCUGGCCCCCCAAAGAGCCCAGGUUCUACCCAAGAUACUUGUGUCUUUAGGAGCCCAUGUCUCACCCAACCCUCUGGCUUUCACGAGAAUCUACCAUUUACCCAAACUUGUGACUUUCAGAGGAAGUUGAGCUUUAUGCAGGACUCUGGAGCCAAUAGAAAUUUGAAAGAAAACAAAGAGACUGCAGUCUACAAAAGUCAAGAUCUCUCCCAAGCAACUGACCUCCAAAAGAGCCCAGGCCCUUCUCAAGAUUCUAGAUGUUACAAGAGUACAGGCAAUCUGCAAGAUCCAGGAGUCAAGAGGAGCUUAGGCCUUACCCAAGAUUCUGGACCACAGAGGAGCCAAAACCUUGCCCAAGACUCUGAAGUCAACAAUAGUUCAGGACUUACCAAGGAGUCUUUUCUCCACAAGAAUCCAGCACUUGUCCAAACCUCUGAUCUCCAUAAGGGCUCAGGCCUUACUCAAGACUCAGGAGACUAUAAGAAUCUAGGCCUUACUCAAGAUUCUGGUGUCUUCAGGGCCCCAGGCCCUACUCAAGAUUCCAACCUCUGCAAGAGUCCAGGCCUUACCCAAGCCACUGAAGUUGAAAGGGGAUUUAGCCUUACCCAAGAUGUUGGAGUUUACAGAAGCCAAGAACAUAGCCGAGACCCUAACCUCCACAAGUGCCCAGGAAUUAAUCAAGAUCCUGGCCCCCGUAAGGACUCAGUCCCUGCCCAAGAUUCUGGCCUCUCCAAGAUUCUAGGCCUUACCCAGGAAUCUGGCCUCCACAAGGAUUUGUGCCUUAUCCCAGAUCCUGGCCUCCACAAGAACCCAAGCCUAGGUACCGACUCUGUCCAAGUCUUGGGCCCACUUCAGACCCCAAAGUCAACAUUAUCCCCGAUGAGGUCACUUGUAUCAGAAAAGACUCCUCAGAGGGAGAAUGCAGUACAGCACGUAACCUGGACUUCUGUCCCACUCAAUCAGAAUUCCUGCCCUUCCAAGGCUCAGAUGAUCUCCAAUGACCUGCAAACCUUCUCAGAGGUACCUGUACUAAUUGAGCUGCAACCACCCUCCCGGCGAGCAGGCAGCCAAGACUGGGUGUACCGCCCUAUGGAUACAGUUCCUUCAGCCUGCCAGAACUAUCGCCAGAUGUCUAUGCCUACCCAAAUCAACUGGAAGUCCCAUUGCCCUGCAACAUGCACUCGGGGAGGGCAUGUGGUGUUUGAUGCCCGCCAGAGACAGUUAGCAGUGGGCAGGGACAAGUGUGAAGCUCUGUCUCCCAGGCGCCUUCGCCAAGAGGCACCCAACAACUCAGGGAGACCAUCAAGGAGUGGGGAUAUCAAAAUGUCAUGA